AUGUCAGACAGUUAUGGCCGCAAAAUCCCCACAAUCAUUUCGUCGUUCGGCUUCAUUUGCUUCGGAGCCGGUUCGGCGACUGCAAAGGAUUUCCAGACGUUAGCGCUCUGUCGCUUCUUCCAAGGUGUCAUGGGAGCCUGUGCCCUCAUGCUGCCCCUGUCGUCUUACGCAGACUUCUGGCAAGGCGAUCGUCUAGGGUAUGCGUCCAUCGCAUUCCUGAGCGCUGUGUUCGGUGCCCCAAUGCUGGCCUCACCAUUGGCAGGAUUCACGGUGGAUAACCAAUCACUCGGCUGGCGCUGGUGCGCGUGGUGGACGGUCUUCAUGGGUGUAGGGGUCCUCUUGGGGGUGGUGUUUCUCGCGUCUGAAUCCUACGCUCCGUACCUUUUGAAGCAAAAAGUGGUACGACUGCGUGCCGAGACCGGGGAAUGGGCGAUUCAUGCCAAAAUCGAAGAACGGCAUCACACAUCGCGGCAGAUGCUCAAAUAUCUGUUCCAGAGACCCUUCAUUAUGGUGAGCAAGGAACCGAAUUUGCUCUUUAUCUGCAUCUAUGUCGCCUUUGUCUAUGCUUUGAUCUACACGUUCUUGGUUUCCUACGGGAUUGUCUUCGUCGAAGGAUAUCAUAUGUCUCAUGGGAUUGGCGGGCUGCCAUUCUUCGGCGUCAUUGGGGGCCUGGCGCUUUCGGUCAUUGUGCAUAUGGCUCGAGAGAGAUAUUAUACCCGCUGGGUCAAGUCAAACAAUGGCAUCAUGGCUCCUGAGUGGCGGAUGUCUAUUUGCCUUACUGGUGCGGUGGCCUUCCCUGUGGGUCUGUUUUGGUUCGCCUGGACCGCAGCGUACCCUAGGUACAUACAUUGGAUUGUGCCGAGUGCCAGUGGAGUUGCGACUGGUUAUGGGCUCCUUACCAUAUUCAUCGGAUGUUUCAAUUUCAUCCUCGACGUAUACAGAACCAAUUCUGCAUCCGCCUUUGCCAUAGCAACCAUCUCACGUUCGGCCCUCGCCGCCGGCUUUCCUAUGUUCGCAAAACAAAUGUUCCACAACCUCGGUGUACAGUGGGCAAACACACUACUGGGCUGCAUUGCCACGCUCCUCGCCCCGGUUCCCAUAUGCUUCUGGUUGUGGGGGGCGCGGAUUCGAGCACGGAGCAGCUUUGCCAUUGAUAAUGCGCUUUUUCCCAAUCAAGGUGGUGGUGACAAGAAGCAGGAGGGCGAACCUAGCGACAGAGAUGUAGAGAGGGCAGACAUGGAGAUAGAGCGAGCUGUGCACCCCAACAUCAGAGGACGCGGCCGGGAUGAGGGUCGUCCAGAAAUGAAUGCCAUGGACUCGGACUCGACCGUCGUGAGCAGCGUUUGA